GAGAAACGGACCGAUGGAAAUAUCAACGUCGAACCUCUUUCAACUCAAUCAAUUGAGAUUGCAGACUAUCAUACAACCAUUCGAGAUGGCAGCGAUCCUUCCCCGUGCCGGCCUUCGUGCUCUGCGAGCCCUGCCCCGAGCUACUCCUGUAGCUACAGGAUCGUUCGCAUCCACGCUUCCCCGCACUCAGCGGCCUCUUGCCCAGCCCAUCACUCGCCGGUUCCUGGCGACUGGUAUCCCAGAGCAGCCUCGUCUGCGCCUUGGAUCUACUGCUCCCAACUUCAAGGCCCUGACUACCCAUGGAGAGAUCGACUUCCACGAGUUUAUCGGCAACGACUGGGCCAUCCUCUUCUCCCACCCGGCCGAUUUCACCCCGGUAUGCACGACGGAGCUGGGCGCAUUCUCCAGACUCAAGCCUGAGUUCGACAAGAGAGGUGUCAAGAUGAUCGGACUGAGUGCCAACGACCUCAGCUCCCACGGCGAUUGGGUCAAGGACAUCAACGAGGUUGCCAACACCAACGUCGAGUUCCCCAUCAUCGCCGAUGCUGACCGCAAAGUCGCCUUCCUGUAUGACAUGGUCGACCAGCGCGACCUUGACAACAUCGCCGAGAAGGGCAUUCCCUUCACUAUCCGUUCCGUCUUCAUCAUCGACCCGGCCAAGAAGAUCCGUCUGAUGAUGCUGUAUCCGGCCUCGACUGGCCGCAACUCUACAGAGGUGCUGAGAGUGAUCGAUGCCCUCCAGGCCGCUGACAAGAAGGGCAUUGCUACUCCGAUUGACUGGAACGUCGGUGAGGAUGUCAUCGUCCCGCCAUCAGUCUCCACGGAGGACGCGAAGAAGAAGUUCGGUGAGGUGCGGGAGGUGAAGCCCUACCUGCGCUACACCAAGUUCUAAACGGCGUCUGCCUGUAUAGUAUGAUUGUAUGAUAGAUCAUAACAGUAAUGGAAUACAACUGCCCUCUGUGGUUCAUGAUAGGCGUCGACACUGGUUCUUCGCGUAUACAAGUUCCCUGGCCCUGGAUUACAUUCUUCAUGACCGUCGAGAUAACCCGAAUCUGUGUUUAAAUUAGAGCUUGUUGGUGCUAUAAACAGCAAAUUAGUAUCGCGGUAUCCACAGUUAAGUACCGGACGAACGAGCACUGCAGCAUUUCCGAUCUGCAAGAUGACCACUCGAGAAACUUAGACUAAGCCACUUCAAAGUGAACUGAAGGAACUGUCUUGCUCAUAAUCCAGUUGAACAGACCAGGGCUCUUUAGAUAAGUGCUACAGGUCGGCCAAGGUCCUUUCUAAGUCCCCUUGUCGGCUGAUCGUUGAAGGCUCAAAGGAAUCAUCUGAUAUUGUUG